GUUCUCAGAUAUUGGAUAUUGGAUAUUUCUCCUGAACCUGUUACCAUCACAUCCUAUUCGUGUCCUAUUUCAUGUCCCUCAAAUCUAUGAAGUGGUAGCCAUUGGAGCCGAGAUCCAGCAUGGGUUUUGUUGUGUUGCUGCUCGAUAUCGGUGCCUAGUUUCCACAGUGCAUCACAGAGUGGUUGCAAUGGAGUACCUCGAGAUCCUCCUGAGCUGUGCUGUGCUACUGUCUACAUUAUUCACAGGAUUCCUCCUUAUCCUCCCUUCACAGUAUAAAGAGCAUGGACAAACUAGCACGACAUCUAGGGGAUUGGAUCCCAAAUCAAAGAAGUCGGAUAGGACAAAUACAAAGCCUCCGCCCACCCCGUUUCAAAUCGUCGUGCUAGGUGAUAUCGGCAGAAGUCCAAGAAUGCAAUAUCAUGCUUUAAGUAUAGCUAAGCACGGGGGUAAGGUAGAUGUCAUCGGAUAUUUAGAGUCUGAUGUCCAUCCAGACAUAACGGCCACGGAAAACAUACAGAUCAUACCCAUCACCCCAGUUCCGAAAAGGUUCCAAGCAUCUAGCAAGCUAUUGUUUCUAGUCCUAGGACCGUUGAAAGUGUUGCUUCAAGCGUGGUAUUUAUACUCUGCCCUGGCAUAUUCUACGAAGCCAGCGAAAUGGGUUCUCGUCCAGAAUCCACCUUCAAUACCGACAUUGGCUGUGGCGCUAUUUGUUUGCUUCUUCCGGAAUUCCAACCUUGUGGUCGAUUGGCACAAUUUCGGAUAUUCCAUCCUUGCCAUGAAAUUGGGAACGAGGCACCCAUUGGUCCAAGUCUCACAGAUAUACGAGACUCUACUCGCGAAAUACGCGACUUCUCACUUCUGCGUCACUAAAUCGAUGGGAAGGUACCUUAAGAAGACCUCCGGCAUCGAUCCACUUACGUUGCAUGAUCGGCCACCUGCGAUCUUCAAGCCUCUGAGCCGGUCGGAACGUCAGAAUGUCUUGAAAAGACUACCGCAAACAAGCCCAUUCGAGGACGAGAUUGAUAGUGGAAGGACGCGGCUAAUAGUUAGCUCCACAUCCUGGACCGCCGACGAAGAUUUCUCCAUCUUACUCGACGCGUUGACGGUAUAUUCAUUGAGGGCGUCCAUGGUUGGCUCCUACCCCCGACUGCUUGUCAUGGUUACUGGCAAAGGCCCCUUGAAAGACCAUUAUCUCAGCAAGAUCAAAGAGCUCGAAUCGCAAGGCAAAUUGCACCAUGUUCAAAUCCGAACCGCCUGGCUAUCAGCCGAAGACUACGCCUCUCUCCUCGGAGCUGCCGACCUCGGUGUCUCCCUCCACAUGUCAUCUUCGGGCUUAGACUUGCCGAUGAAAGUUGUGGACAUGUUCGGUGCGGGUCUUCCUGUUGCGGGCUGGAGCAAAUUCGAAGCGUGGCCGGAGCUGGUGAGGGAAGGGGUGAAUGGAAGGGGAUUUGCGAGCUACAUCCAGCUCGCUGACCUACUUGAAGAGCUGUUUGUUGAUGGCACUGCGGCUUUGGAGAGGAUACAGCAAGGAGCAUUGAAGGAGUGCGAAAAGCGCUGGGAUGCUGAAUGGGAUGCUGUCGCUGGGAGGUAUUUUGGAUUACUGACUUGACACAAGUUUCUGGAGCGAGGUUCUUGUCACGAUCCAGUAUGAGAGCAGACCUUUGCCUCUUCGACAAUGGUCUUGGAUGGUGCGAUUUUUGUGCCGCGGCCACGUGGUGCUGCUUCAUGUCCCAAAUAUGUGAAGCAAAUCUUCUCCUUUCACAUGACCAGUCGAUCCAGCGCAAUGGUUGGCGCGAGGAAGGGUCUUUGUUGUUCCCCUAUGGCCAUUGCCAUCUCCAUCCUAUGAAGAAUUUGUUCUGAGGCUGGUCGAUAUCUGGAAAGCCGUGGUGAUAAACUCUCUCAGAUCAAUGAGUCGCGCGGAGACGCUGAAUACAUGUGCCAUAUCAACACUGGUACCAGGAGUAAACAACAAUAUAACGAGACAGUUCUCGCUUGGUGGGAUGACAGCGGAUUCAUCUCUUUGUCUACAGCUACGGCACUGUCACCCUGCGCACAAUUAUUGCCCAAAUACUCCGUAGACC